GUAUCCUUCCCACAGCCCAAAAUGGCGGCGGAGGUGGAUUUUGGCGACCUAGAGCUGUUCGAGGCGUUUGACCACCCGGAGGAGUCAACUCCGAAGCCAGUUCACACCCGCUUCAAGGACGACGACGGCGACGAGGAGGACGAGAAUGAGGUCGGCGACGCGGAGCUGCGGGAGCGGCUUCGGCAGUGCGAGGAAACCAUCGAGCAGCUCCGCGCCGAGAAUCAAGAACUUAAAAGAAAAUUGAACAUUCUGACUCGACCAAGUGGAAUACUGGUGAACAAUACUAAGUUAGAUGGACCUUUAUUACAGAUUCUAUUUAUGAACAAUGUUAUUUCAAAGCAAUAUCAUCAAGAAAUAGAGGAAUUUGUAUCAAAUUUAGUAAAAAGAUUUGAGGAACAGCAGAAAAAUGAUGUGGAAAAGACUUCCUUUAAUCUUUUGCCCCAGCCUUCCAGUGUUACGCUAGAAGAGGACCAUAAAGUAGAAGAAUCCAGUACCGUUAACAAUAAGGAAGCUUUUAGUGUUGUAGGAAGUGUCCUGUAUUUUACUAAUUUUUGCCUUGAUAAAUUGGGGCAACCGCUACUAAAUGAAAACCCUCAGCUUACGGAAGGAUGGGAAAUACCCAAGUACCAGCAAGUCUUCAGCCACAUUGUUUCUCUAGAAGGGCAAGAAAUACAAGUAAAGGCAAAAAGGCCAAAGCCUCACUGUUUCAAUUGUGGUUCUGAAGAGCAUCAAAUGAAAGAUUGCCCAAUGCCACGGAACUCUGCUCGAAUAAGUGAGAAGAGAAAAGAGUAUAUGGAUGCCUGUAGUGAGACGAGCAGUCAGAAUUUUCAGCAGCGAUACCACGCAGAAGAAGUAGAAGAAAGAUUUGGAAGAUUCAAGCCGGGAGUUAUUAGUGAGGAACUUCAGGAUGCACUGGGGGUGACAGACAAGAGUCUUCCGCCUUUUAUAUACCGAAUGCGCCAGCUAGGAUACCCACCAGGCUGGCUCAAAGAGGCCGAACUAGAGAACUCAGGGCUUGCGCUCUAUGAUGGAAAAGAUGGUGCUGAUGGAGAAACAGAAACUGGAGAAGUACAACAAAAUAAAAGUGUCACUUAUGAUCUCUCGAAAUUGGUAAACUAUCCAGGUUUUAAUAUAUCUACUCCCAGAGGAAUUCCAGAUGAAUGGAGGAUGUUUGGUUCCAUACCAAUGCAGGCAUGUCAGCAGAAGGACGUGUUUGCCAAUUACCUAACUUCUAACUUCCAAGCGCCGAGCAUGAGGUCCAGCAGCAAGAGGGCUUCCUCUCAGUCCAGUCCUAGUAGUCCCAAGAAGCAGAAGAAGGAAAGCAGCUUGGCCGCCUCGCCCGCCGACAUGGAGCUUGACUCCGAUGCAGACGUCCCUCACGGCUCCCCAGGCAGCGAAGCUUUUCAGUUUCAGCCCCCGCUGCCCCCUGGCACUCCACCCCCGCUCCCCCGGGGCACCCCUCCACCCAUCUUCACACCUCCGCUCCCCAAGGGCACCCCGCCGCUCACUCCCAGUGACUCACCCCAGACCAGAACGGCGUCCGUGACUAUGGACGAGGAUGCACUGACUCUGGAGGAACUUGAAGAACAGCAGAGGCGGAUCUGGGCGGCCCUUGAGCAGGCCGAGAGCAUCAACAGUGAUUCUGACAUUCCUGUUGACACGCCUUUAACCGGAAAUUCGGUUGCCUCUUCACCUUGUCCCAAUGAGCCUGACCUCCCUGUCCCGGAGGGAAAAACAUCUGAAAAGCAGAUGCCAGAGGAGGCUGAGGUAUCAGACACCUGUACAAAGAAAUCGGAAGUUGAACCGUCCUCGAGUCCAGAUUCUGAGGCUGCCUUGCUUGGCCAGAAAGAAAAGGAAGAGUCCGACCAGGUAGACGCUCACGGUGCCCUCGACAAUGGCAGGGUCGAGUCAAACUGUGAGGUCAGGAAUGGAGGCAGCAGCCAGAAGGUCCUUCACGUGGACACCAGCCCUGCCACAGCCGCUAGGAUGCAUAGUCCUGUCCCUGACAUGAGCAAGUUUGCAACCGGAAUAACGCCAUUUGAAUUCGAGAACAUGGCAGAAUCUACUGGAAUGUACCUCAGGAUAAGAAACUUGUUAAAGAACUCCCCCCGAAACCAGCAAAAAAACAAGAAGGCUUCCGAAUAACUGCUUGAUACAGCACCAAGAGCUAUUUAAUUAUAACCUGUGAGUUCCGGUAAUUAGUACUAAGUGGACAGGUAAAAUUGUUUUCCUAUCUGCCCCUCCCAUAUUAAAAGAAAUCUAUCCAAGGCUUCAUUGUGAUCUAAAGUCAGGCCUGUUUUAAAGAACAGAAAGACUGAACUUGCUGGUUUACUAUAUUUUGUUCUCACUGAUAAAAUCUUUGGGGGGACAUAUAGGUAGGAUCUGGUUUAGAGAUAGUUUGUUAAGGUUUAUACUAUUUUUGGAUUGUGAGUUUCCGUCAAGAGUGAUGGUUUUUCUGUCUUUUGUACAUUGUUUUCCCUUUCUACAUUUUGCUAAUUAUCCCAUAUGUAAGUUUAAUAUAUCACUUUUUUUAAAAAAAUUCUAACCAUUUAAAAUUCAUAUUUCAACUCUGACAACCAAAUGAGAAAAAUCAGGGAUGAGCAACUUUAUCCCAUUUGGGGUAUUUUUGUAAAUGAUUUACAUACAUCAAUUUUAAUAACACUUUUACUUUUUUGUAACUUCAUUCUUCAUAUAAGCUUGCUAUACAGGUAUGUUCAUCUUUGUGUACAAAGGUUUAAUAAAUUAGUUUUCAUAUA